AUGGCUGCUGGCGAGGAGGAGCUUUGCCUCGACGUGCAGCUGGAGGAGCCGCAGCUCGAGGAGCCCCCAACUUCUCUGGCCUACCAAGCCAGACUUCGGGCGGCCAAGGAGGUUGCCGAAGGGCUUCGAGCAAAGGAGCCGCUUUUGCAGAAUGGGCAGCGGACGGUGCGAGACAAUCCCAACUUUGUCCAGACAUUCUUCAAGGCCAGCAGACUUCACUUCAUCGGCGUGUGGCGCGAACGCUACGAGGAAAUCCUCGACAGCCUGCCGCCGCCGCCACCGCUACCGGCAGCCUCGAGUGGGCAGUCGGUGUUUGUACAUAUCGACAUGGACUGCUUCUUCGCCAGUGUCGCCACCCGCGGCCGGCAGCAGACCUUUGCGGGUUUACCUGUGGCCGUGGCAUGGGGCACCGGCAGCAGCAGCGAGAUCUCCUCGGCGAACUACUGUGCCCGGGCUUUCGGUGUUCGUGCUGGGAUGUGGGCUGGAGAAGCCUUCCAAUUGUGCCCAGACUUGGUGGUGAUGCCCUAUGAGUUCGAUGCCAUCAUGGAGACAGCCGAGCUCUUCUACCGCAGCGUGCUGGACACCACUCCCUACGUGCAAGGCAUCUCGUGCGACGAGGUGUUUGCAGAUGUCACGCACCUGGUACAGGAGGACUCAAGCUCAUGGCUGGCUCUCGCGCGGAAGAUCCGCGCUGACAUCUGGAGUCGAAGUGGAUGCGUUGCCUCGAUCGGCGUGGCCAAAAAUCGGCUGCUUGCCAGGCUGGCGACGAAGUUUGCAAAACCACGCCCGGGAUGCGCCACGUGCGGGAAAGCUGCACAGAACCGCGCGAGUGGGGAAAGCGGGCUUCUAUGCUGCGAGGACCACCCAGGCAUUUUUCUCUUGGAGGACACCUCCGAGCGACUGGCAGCUCUGGCGGCGAGGGAGCUGCCUGGCGUGGGCCCGGAAAGCGAGAAGCAGCUCCGGAAAUCUGGAGUGGAGAGCGUGGGCGACCUGCGGGACGUUUCGUUGGGGAAGCUCCGGGAGCUCUUUGGAGAGAAGCAGGCGCAGUCCCUCUUCCACCGCUGCCGUGGCAUCGACGACCGGCCCUGGGAUCCCAGGCCCCCGCGGAAGUCCGUGGGCGCACAGAUCGCCUGGGGCGUGCGCUUCGAGGACGUGGCCGCCUUGCGACGCUUCGUCUCGGAGCUGACCGAGGAAGUGCUGCGGCGCCUGGCGCGCCACGGGAAGCGGGGUAGCUCUCUCACCGUGAAGGUCUGGAAGGCGCGGCCGGACGCGCCGCACCUGGGAGGUGUGGGCAGCUGGGGCUGCGACAUCCUCUCGCGCUCAGCACAGUUCUCCACCGAUCCCGGCCCCCCUGGGAGCCCCGCGGCGCAGAGCGCCUGCGCGGAAGUGUGGAGGCUCUGCGAGAGCACCGGGGCCACGCCACUGCAAGUCCGAGGAUUUGGGAUCCACAUCGGGGGCCUGGAGAAGACGCAGCCAAGGCAGCCAAGCCUCCCUUCUCUGCUGGAAGGCCCAAAAGGGCCGGAGAAGCCGAUGCCCAAUUCGGAGCCCGUCAUCCUGCACCUUGACGUCGACUGCUUCUUCCUGGCGGUACAUAAGCGGUACGACCCCUCUCUACAUUCCGCCGGUCCGCUGGUCCUGUGGCAGUACAACGACGUCAUCUGCAUCAGCCCAGAAGCCAAAGCGGCAGGCGUCAAGAAGCACAUGCGCCCGAGCGAGGCCCAGCCUCUCGUUGAAGGCAUCGGUGGGCGCAUGGUGCACGCAUUCUCCCGACGCUGGCCAGGCCCCCGAGUCUGGUAUGGCCCGUACCAGACGGUCAGCAGGGAGAUGUUCGCACACCUCCACCGGCUGCUGUCAGAGGAGCCGGGGGACUUCACCCUCGAGCGGCUCAGCAUCGACGAGGCCUUCCUGGACGCGUCCCGCGCCCUGGCGCCGGGCCCAGAUCGCUUCGAACGGGCGAGGAGACUCGGCGAGAAGCUGGCUGCGGAGCUCCAGACGGCCAUCGGCGUGCAUGUCAGUGUCGGCAUCGCAACGAACCGCUUGUUGGCGAAGCUCGGGUCGGUUGCCGCGAAGCCUCCGAGAGGGGACGGCAUCUUCGUGGUGGAUGGUCCCGAUGCCCGUGCCUCGCUGCUGGCCGUCACGCCGGCCACGCGGCUACCGGGCUGCGGCAACCGCGGUGAACAGUUGCAGGCCCUCAACCUGCAGAAUGCCGCGGAGCUGCAGAGCUUCGGGCGCCAGGAGCUCCAAUCAUCGCUGGGCGUGUCCGCGGAGGUCGCCGAGCGCCUGGUGGCGAACUGUCGCGGCCAGGAUGCCACGCCGGUGAGGGCCGCAGACCCGAAGAAGAGCCUGGUGGUGACUUCGUGGCUGACGGAUGGGUGCUUGGACGAGCUGGCAAUGAAGCGAAGCUCCUCGACACAGAGCGUCUCUGUCGGGGACGGCUGGGUCUUCGAGCCUCAGCUGGAGAAGGGUGUCACGAACCUGACGAGAGUGAGAUGGCUGCUGUUGGCCUUGAUCCUGGAUCUGGAGGAGCGGGUCGUGCAUGAGUUCCUGGAGCAUGGCCAGCUGCCGAGCAAGCUGACGGUGAGCUAUCAGGGCCCCGGCUGGAGGAAAGAGCCCGGUCCCGGCAGUACGGACGGCCGCAGCUGCAGCCGCACUGGGCUUUUCCCCUCGGCUGCCUUCCGAGGCUUGGAUUCCUCGGAUGGCAAGGCGGAUCUGCAAAUCGACCUGGGAACGAACCAGAUGUGUGCCCACGCGCCCCAGGCGGCUCCCAGACCGGCUGCCUACAAGCACCCGGUGUAUGGCACGGAGUUCCUGACCCUCUCAGGUGCUUCAGCCGUCCUCACGGAUGGGCCCGAGGUGUUGGAGGGCAGGCGUGGUGCCCGAAUCGCGGGGCUCACGAACGCCUGCUGCGCACUAAUCAGUUCCUGGGCUGCUGAGCAGGCCUCCAAGGUGCCAAUUGGCAAGCUCACCUUGACCGCCAGCAGCAUGCAGUCAGGCGCCACGUCCCCCGCCAGAAAGCGACCACCGCCUGGCCAGCCAACUCUUUCCGAUUGUUUCAAGCGAUCAAGACCGCCGCCGCGAGCCCCCGAGGUCCUGGCUGCCUUCGAGAUCAGCGACAGCGAGUGA